AUGCCUACCUUUUUUGAAACAUUUCCGGUCGUUUUGGUAGACGGGGAUGGGAUUGUUAGAGCCGAUGUUCCUUUUCGAAGGGCAGAAUCUAAGUAUAGUGUUGAACAAGUAGGUGUAACUGUUGAGUUCUACGGUGGUGAACUCAAUGGAGUCAGUUAUAGUGAUCCUGUGAAAAAAUAUGCUAGACGCGCUCAAUUGGGGGAAAUUUUUGAAUUAGAUCAUGCUACUUUGAAAUCCGAUGGUGUUUUUCAUAGCAGUCCGAGGGGUUGGUUUACUUUUGGACAUGCUUCAUUUGCUUUGCUCUUCUUCUUCGGACACAUUUGGCAUGGUGCCCGAACCUUGUUUAGAGAUUUUUUUGCUGGUAUUGACCCAUAUUUGGAUGCUCAAGUAGAAUUUGGAGCAUUCCAAAAACUUGGAGAUCAACUACAAGAAGACAAAUAG